CUCAAGAUCGCUCGCGAAUGUCAUAUAACCAACCUCAUAUAAUGGGUCAUCCGUCUGGCUCUGUCCUUGGAUACGGUCCAGGCGCAUCAACUACAUCACCUUCUGCAUUCGGUGCUAGUCACGGCCAUGGUCAUGGACAACCACUUAGUGACUCAAUUACUCAGAGUAGACCGCAAUAUCAGCCUGGAUAUCUCUUGUCACUCGCACAAGGACAAGCACUGUCAGUAUCAGGCCAACGACAUGAGGAACCGCUACUUAUACCAACUCGGGCGAAGAUGAACCCGUCGCACGUACGAAACGCGCCAUCUGACUUUGGGUCGGACUCAAUGUUUGAAACUUCAACAAAUAGACAUCGACACCGAGAAGCGGCGAUAGACGAAGAUGGUCCACCAAUGUCAUCCGUGGUUGAUCUUGUUUCAGAGAUUCACGUUGACUCUCGGAGACAGUUACUUAAUAGCGCAAGGAAGUCGACAACCACGCGCAAAGCAGACGCUACGGCGACGUCACCCACUGUAACACACCAAACUCUUUAUAUUAUCGUUUUUGGUUAUCCACCAGCGAGAUACUCGUCAACCUUGGCACAUUUCCAGUCCCUUUCGGAUGGAGGAACUACAGAGCCUGAACUCAGUCUUGACGUCGAAAAUGCAUUUAGGAUUGGAUAUAAACAACCUUGGGAGGCUGCUAGGGCAUUGCGAAGGAAUGGAGAGGUUAUAAACGGGGAGGGUGGCAGGUGGAUGGUUGGUGUUAAAUGGAUGGACCCGAUUGCGGCGGAGCAAGUGUUAGGUUCGGGUGCAAGGAUUUCUGCAAACCCUUUGCCAUUGUUUGAAGGCGACACCUCAAUGCCGGCGCCACAAGACGAUAUGGAUAUGGAUGGUUUACCAGACCCGGCACUCUCGCAGCUCCUGCAUGUAGGAUCGGUACAGCAGGAUAGCACGCCGUCUGUUGGAACACCUAUCAAACUUGCACCAUCUGCAGCAGCAUUUCGUAAAGGGACACCAGAUGUUGGCCGUAAGGGUCCUGGAGUGCCAAUGCAGGCUACUCCAGGCACGCCGGCAAAGUCAAAGGGGAUGCUUGGACAGGUGUCUGACCUUGUAUUUGGAUGGUAGUACCAGUGUUUUUGAGAUGACUUUUGUAUGUACAUCGGUAGAAAAUAAUUUGUUAUUCGG